AUGUGUGGUAUCUUUGCUUACUGCUCGUUCCUCUGCGAGCGCGACCGCAAGCACGUCUGCGAGGUGCUCUGCAAUGCCCUGGCCCGCAUGGAGUACCGUGGUUACGACUCUGCUGGUAUCGGAGUUGAUGGUGACUCUCCCUCCGACCCCUUCAUCCUCUUCAAGGAGGUCGGCAAGGUCGCUGCCCUCCGCAAGCACGUUGCCGGUGGUGUCCCCACCACUCCCCCCGGCGCCGCCGAGAUCACCCAGCAGGUCGACAUGAGCAAGGUUUUCCUUAGCCAGACCUCGAUGGCCCACACCCGUUGGGCCACCCACGGUGUUCCCAGCGUCGCCAACUGCCACCCCCACGUUAGCGACCCCGCCACCGAGUUCUCGGUUGUCCACAACGGUAUCAUUACGAACUACAAGGAGCUCAAGCUCGUCCUCCAGAAGCGCGGCUACAGCUUCCGCACCGACACUGACACUGAGUGUGUCGCCAUUCUCUGCAAGUACGUCUACGACAGCCAGCCCAACAAGCGUCUCUCGUUCCAGAGCCUUGUCAAGACCGUCCUCAAGGAGCUCGAGGGUUCGUUUGCCUUUGUCUUCAAGUCGGUCCACUUCCCCGAUGAGAUUGUCGCCGCCCGCCGUGGUUCGCCCCUCCUCAUUGGUGUCAAGACUGAGCGCAAGCUCAAGGUCGACUUUGUCGACGUCGAGCUCCCCUCGGAGGAGGGCAAGCUUGCCCCCGUCCCCGAUGUCGGUGCCGCUGGCCUCCUUGCCGUCCCCGGCGCCGCCGACGGCCCCAAGCUCCGCCGCCAGCAGUCGCGUGCUUUCCUCUCCGAGGACGGCAUGCCCCAGCCCAUCGAGUUCUUCGUUGCCUCGGACCCCGCUGCCAUUAUCGAGCACACCAAGAAGGUCCUCUACCUCGAGGACGACGACAUUGCCCACAUCUUCGAGGGCGAGCUCCACAUUCACCGUCUCCGCCGCGACGACGGCCUCUCGUCGGUCCGUGCCAUCGAGACCCUCGAGAUUGAGCUUGCCGAGAUCAUGAAGGGCCAGUACGACCACUUCAUGCAGAAGGAGAUUUACGAGCAGCCCGAGUCGGUUGUCAACACCAUGCGUGGCCGUGUCAACUUUGACACUGGCUCCGUCACCCUCGGUGGCCUCAAGGCGUACCUCCCCGUCAUCCGUCGUGGCCGUCGUCUCUUGUUCGUCGCCUGCGGUACCUCGUACCACUCGUGUAUCGCCGUCCGCUCGGUCUUUGAGGAGCUCACCGAGAUUCCCGUCGCCGUCGAGCUCGCCUCGGACUUCCUUGACCGUCGCACUCCCGUCUUCCGUGACGACGUCACCAUCUUCGUCUCGCAGUCGGGUGAGACUGCCGACACCAUCCUCGCUCUCCGCUACUGCCUCGAGCGCGGAGCCCUCACCCUCGGUGUGGUCAACGUUGUCGGCUCGACCCUCUCGCGCGAGACCCACUCGGGUAUCCACAUCAACGCCGGUCCCGAGAUCGGUGUCGCCUCCACCAAGGCGUACACCUCGCAGUACAUUGCCCUCAUCAUGAUGGCCGUCCAGCUCUCGCAGGACUCGAUCUCCAAGUCGCCCCGCCGCGCCGAGAUCAUUGCCGGCCUCCACGCCAUUCCCUCGCAGAUCAAGACUGUUCUUGCUAUGGACAAGGACAUCCAGCUCCUUGCCAAGGACAUGAUCCAGUCGCCCUCGCUGCUGCUCAUGGGUCGUGGUCUCCAGUACGCCACCUGCCUUGAGGGUGCCCUGAAGAUCAAGGAGUUGGCCUACAUCCACUCGGAAGGCAUUCUUGCCGGCGAGCUCAAGCACGGCCCCCUCGCUCUCAUUGACGAGCACAUCCCUAUCAUCUUCGUCAUGACCAAGGACCACCUCUACCCCAAGACCUCGUCGGCUCUUGCUCAGAUCACCGCCCGCAAGGGCAGGCCUGUCAUCAUGGCCUCGGAGUCGGACACCAACGUCCCCAGGUCAGCCCAGGUUAUUAGGAUCCCGGAGACCGUCGACUGCCUCCAGGGCCUGCUCAACAUCAUCCCCCUCCAGCUCCUCUCGUACCACCUCGCCGUCCAGAAGGGUUACGACGUCGACUUCCCCCGAAACCUGGCUAAGAGUGUUACAACCGAGUAA